AUGUCGGAGUUACUUUCGGUAAACAAACCUCAGGAAAUGACCGCCUCUGUAGUAAACGAGGAAAUCGACGAUAGUUGGUUUAAAACCGCCGACAACCUUCUGAUCGAAGACGAUGUCACAUUGGAUUAUAAACUUAAUUCGGCUGAGGAUGUUGAGUUCUUUAAUCUGUUAGAAGCAGAUUCACUAAAAUAUACUGAGAAGAUAAGUGGGCAGCAAGAAGAAGAAAAGCAGCAACCGCAACAGGGUAACGAAACAUUUUUGCGUGAUUUUAAAGGUGAUGUAUCUGAGCAAGUAGAAGAAACUAAAAUGUUACAAGAACAAGUCGACACGGAGACAACAUUUUCAGAAGUGCCUGUAUAUAAGUUUGACAAGAAUGAUACAGGGCUCUUACCAGAGGAAAUUGAAACACAUACAGUUGACGAGAAUGAUACAGGGCUCUUAUCGGAAGAAAUCGAAACGCAUACGGUUGACGAGAACGAUACAGGGCCCUUACCAGAGGAAAUCGAAACACAUACUGUUGAUGAGAAUGAUACAGGGCCCUUACCAGAGGAAAUCGAAACACAUACUGUUGAUGAGAAUGAUACGGUUAAUGAAUCCUUCAAUGACGAUGUAAUCGUUCUUGAAGAUGAUGAAUUAAUUGAUAAUGAUAACAUCGAUGACGACGGUGUUAUACCUGAUGAUUUAGAAGAUGAAUCAGAUUUUUAUUUCGGUAAGCGAUCACCCCAAAAAGAAAAUGACCAUUCAAAUAGUGGACAAUCCCGUUGCAUCUUGGAAUAUGAAGGCCAAAAGAAUCAUAUAUAUAUCAAGUCUGAUAAAUGCUUGGGAGAGUUAAUGCAAGAUCUCAAAGAUGACCUUAUUCGUGACAGAACACAUGAUGGUGAAGUGGUAUUGACGUUUUUAGAUUCAACUAUUGAUGAUUUCCGACUAGUUUUGUCACAGGAUAAUAAAUAUUCACAAAAAUUUACACUUGGUAAAAUUAUUAAUGUCCAUAAUAAAUAUCGAAAAUCUCGUGAUCUUGAUUCGGCAGAUCUUCACGUAGUAAUGACUUUACAAGAUAGAUUCAUUUCACAAUAUCGAAAAUAUGAUGACUCAUCACCUGAGCCCUUCGAUGAUGGCGAUAAUAAUUUGUCAACAUCUCCUGGUGAAGAUGUCAUAACAAAAAUAGACCAUAUAUCUGGAACAGGUAAUUCUUUUUUUAAAGCAUCAAAAGACGCGUCUUUGCCACUAUCUAAAGAUGUAAAUGACGAACAAAAUAACAGUAUUAAAGAAGAAAACGAUGGUAUUGAAACAGAUGAAUUAUAUGUUGCUGAACGAGAAUCUUAUGAAGAUGGCUUAGGUUUAGGUGACGAUGAUGAGGUGAAACAUUUUGAUGAGUCAAAUGAACUACCUAGUGAUAAAGAUGGCAUAGGUUUAGGUGAAGAUGAUGAGGUGAAACGUUUUGAUGAACAACUAGAGUCAAAUGAACUACCUAGUGAUAAAAAUGGCAUAGGUUUAGGUUUAGGUGAAGAUGAUGAAGUGAAACAUCUUAAUGAACAACUAGAGUCAAAUGAACAACUAGAGUCAAAUGAACUACUGGAAUCAAAUGAACUACUGGAAUCAAAUGAACUACUUAGUGAUAAACAUGAUGACCUGCGUGAAGAUAUUUUUAAUGAAGACUCAUUAAAUGAUAUUGAUUUCUCAAAUGUAUAUGAUUCAAAGGAGAAUGAUUUGUUCGCUCCGAUUGACGACGAAUGGGUGGCUGAAUAUACUGCAAGUGAGUUUGAUCCAACGAUAAAUGAUAAUGAGAUAAAUGACAAUGAGACAAUAGUCUCCCCAGGAAAGCGUGAGAGACCUUACACGAACGAUAAUGAAGGUAAUAUUGAAAUGUUAUUUAAUCAAAAAUAG